CAGAGUCUUCUGAAUGCAUCAUGUCCAUUAUCAACACAUCACAUGUUGAAAUCAUUACCUUCUUCUUGGUUGGGAUGCCAGGACGAGAAGAUACACACAUCUGGAUCUCUAUUCCCAUGUGCAGCAUGUAUUUUAUUGCUGUUGUGGGAAAUUGCACCAUUCUUUUUAUCAUCAAGACAGAGUCCUCUUUGCAUGAGCCUAUGUACUAUUUUCUUUCCAUGUUGGCUAUGUCUGACUUGGGAUUGUCUUUAUCCUCUCUGCCCACCAUGAUAAGGAUCUUCUGGUUCAAUGCUCCUGAAAUUUCUGCCAAUGCCUGCUUUGCCCAGGAAUUCUUCAUUCAUGGUUUCUCAGCACUGGAGUCCUCAGUCCUCCUGAUUAUGUCAUUUGACCGUUUCUUAGCCAUCCACAACCCUCUGAGAUAUAGCUCAAUUCUUACAACUGUCAGAGUUGCCCAAAUAGGAAUGGUAUUCUCUUUUAAGAGCAUUCUCUUGGUUCUUCCUUUCCCCUUUACCUUGAGAAGUCUGAGCUAUUGUAAUAAAAGCCAAUUAUCCCAUUCCUACUGUCUCCACCAGGAUGUCAUGAAGUUGGCCUGCUCUGACAACCGAAUUGAUGUCAUCUAUGGCUUUUUUGGGGCCCUGUGCCUUAUGGUAGACUUUAUGCUUAUUGCUGUAUCUUACAUCCUGAUUCUCAAGACUGUUCUGGGAAUUGCAUCCCAAAAAGAGCAGCUUAAGGCCCUCAACACUUGUGUUUCACACAUCUGUGCAGUGAUCAUUUUUUACCUCCCUAUCAUCAACUUGGCCAUUGUCCAUCGCUUUGCCCAGCAUGUAUCUCCUCUAAUUAAUGUUCUCAUGGCAAAUGUUCUCUUACUUGUACCCCCACUGAUGAACCCAAUUGUUUAUUGUGUAAAAACUAGACAAAUUAGAAUGAGAGUUAUAGCAAAAUUAUUUCAUAAGCAGACAUAAUCAUCUAUGUGAU